AAGUGCUCAGAUUCUUCCUUUUAACUCUUUUAGUAAAGUUUUUAAUUUCGAGUUAGAAAAUCCGUCAAAAUGACCAUAUUCUCGACCUAGAAGGUCUCGAUUCGUCGCUUUUAACCAGGGUAUUCAUUUAUGAGUCUUUAGCUCAGUAUUUAAGCAGAAAUGAAACGGUUUUUACAAAAUUUAUCGGGGCCAACAAGUCCGUAUGUUGGCAAGACGUACCGCUUUGGACGAGUCGAGUGUAUCGUUGAAGACCAGAUUGCCGAAGGUGGGUUUUCGCUGGUGUUCCUUGUCAGAGCAAGCAAUGGCAGCCACUACGCACUGAAAAGAAUUUCAGUAAACAAUAGAAAAGACCUUGCCAUUGGAAAGCUGGAAAUCUCAAUAAUGAAAAAGUUGUCAUGUCACAAGAAUAUCAUUACAUACGUUGAUUCAUCUGUCACUGAAGUGAACUCAGGCAUCUUUGAGUUGCUUAUCCUGAUGGAAUAUUGCCGAGAUGGUCAUGUAAUUCAACUUAUGAAUGAUAACCUGAACACUGGUUUGGGUGAAAAUAUUAUCCUAAGGAUAUUCACGGAUGUCUGCGAGGCUGUCGCAACCCUCCACCAUUCCGAGCCACCAGUUGUGCAUCGAGAUUUGAAGGUUGAAAACAUUUUGCGAAAUUCAAAAGGAGAUUUUGUUCUUUGUGAUUACGGCAGUGCUUCGACGACACCAAUAGACCCGAAGGAGGGCAAAUUAUCUGAAAUAGAAGACGAAAUCCAAAGAUUCACAACUCUCUCGUAUCGAGCACCCGAAAUGGUGGACCUUUACAGCGGAAAGAUUAUUUACACAAAGUCAGACAUAUGGGCAUUAGGCUGUCUGCUGUACAAGUUGUGUUUCUUUACCGUACCGUUUGGCGAGAGCGUUCUUGCCAUUCAAAACGGUCAGUUCACUAUUCCAGACAACUCGAGAUAUUCCAAGGAUAUGCAUAAUCUUAUACGGUAUAUCCUAGAGCCGGACCCUGAUGUCCGGCCUGAUAUAUAUCAGGUGUCAUCAGUCGCAUUUCAACUUCGAAAAAUGACGUGUCCCGUUCAUAACCCUCAGAGUUCUUCGGUACCAAAGCAGCUUCCGGACGACAACAGUAAAUUAUCGACACCAGGCAAGUCAAAAGUCCCAAGAUCGGUUCAUGAACCAGUAUCAACUUCCUUGAUACCUAGAGAUCGACCACGAGCAGGGGCAGGGGGUGCACCUCCUGCUGCGAAUACCCCCGCCGCCCCUCCAACUGCAGAGUCUGCCACCCUCCUACAGCAGGCCCAGGCCUACCGCUAUAACGAUACGUCGCCUCAAAAAACAAACGUACAAGCACAUGUUGUCCGACAUCCCAACACCCAAAACAGUCUCCCAGCGAAUCAGCCUGCGUACUUAAACCCGUUCGGCGAACGACCAAGCAGGGACCCUUCUCCGGUCGGAAGGAGGUUCGUUGAUCGCGAGUUUACGCAUGUGCGUUCGCGGUCAGAUCCGGUCUUUGUGAAAAACUACAUAACAGCCAGUCAAGGCGGCGGGUCUCCGAAUUUAGUUCGCCCUGUGCCACAAAUAAACACUGUUCAGGUUACGCAUAGGCAAGAACCGACCCCGAACUUUCCAAAAUGGAAUCCUUUCAGCAACGAUUUUGUUUUAAAUACGGAAACCACUGACGACGAUUUUGCUAGUUUGCGUGAGCCCACGAUGCAACAUGAUCAGCAGAGUUCCGCACGAUUCGGUGAGCCCACUGUCCGGAAUGUUCAGCAGGGUUCCGCAAUAGUCGAGCCUGCAAAUCAGUGUGCUCAGCGCAGCACAGAACACACGUAUCCGCCGCAGUUUGUCAGCGGUAGCAUGCGUGCGCAAUAUGCGCAACAUCCUUCGAACACCAGUGCACUUAGCGUCCAGCGGACUUCUAAUGCCUCACCGUAUGCGAGUGAUUCUUCUCGUCGUUCCUCUGAUUGCGAUGAGGACGUCGUCAUGUCGCGACCAAUAGUGCGGCAGAAUGUCGACGGUAUUUUUAGCGGUCCAGGGAAAAACGAAUCGUUCGCAGACGGGCCUGUGAACGCCGGUUGUGACGUAGACGAGAUGACGACACAUUUCGAUCGUAGUACGAUAUUUUACGAACCGACCCUUGCACAGCCCGGGCAUACUAAUGACAAUUCUGGUGUAUUCGAUUCGGCGCCAUUCCGAAAACCAGCGAGGGCCACUCCGGUUGUCAAGGCGACGCCCGCACAACCUGUCAGCCCGGGAAGAGACCCAUUCGGAGCAGUGCCUUUUAAGCAGAAAGAUGCAGCGAAAUUAGCCCGCAGGCAGGCAAGAAAAAAUAAAGAACAAUCUAGCGGUGACGCCCGCAGGGUGCUGCCAAAUGUUCCUACUCAGGCGCGAAGGUAAUGCACAGUAAAAUAGGUUAGGGUACGUUUACAUCUCUGUGGUUUUUGCACAUGUGGUUCUGGCCUUAUUCGGAUGCAUGUUAGUGAAAUUUUCGAAGAAAACAACAGCAAGACGAUACUAUUUUGACUAGUUUUCGUCAUUUAACAUGAAGAAAGAGCGAAAAUCUUUAAAUUGGUGAUGUCAGAAUCUUCCUUAGGAUCUUUUACACUUGCAAUUAUUCCUGUGAUUUUCUUGUGAAUUUCUUCUUUUGGUGCAUGUGAACGAGGGAAUUAGUUACAGAGGCUCUGUUUGUAUUGUAUCUUGCAUGAACAUUUAUAACUUACCGACUCGUUUGUAUCAAUCAAAAGAUGAAAACCGCCUCUUAGUCGCAGCAAGAUUAAAUAAGUUUUAAUGUGACCCCAGUUUGGAUAACGGGCGGCCAAAGAACUAAACAUUUUGAUGUUCAAAGUCCGGCAAAUGCGGUCGCCUUUUUUUGGAGGGGGGGAUAGGAUUAGGUUUUCAUAGAUUUUUCUAAUUUUGUGAUCCCAUAGAGAAGAGUUACUAGAUUUUAAUAUGUAGCGCAACGGAAAAGUUAUUUAUUAAGUUUGUCCACCUUUCAAAUCUUCUAUAUGUUUUGCCGCUGUGGCCUCGGAAACCUAUUCAGGGGUAGAAUAACCCCUUUUCCCCAAGGUGCACCACUAGACUAGAUUAUGUGUGAACGUACCUUUAGUCCAAAUGCGGCUCGUAAACUUCAUGUCGUUAUGACAACAUUCACGUCACCAUAUUCUCUGCUUAGCAGUGUUUCCACAAUGAAGAAAAAUUUCCGUCAAAAUGACAACCGUAAAGGAACGAGGGAUCUGUGUGAAAAGAAAAUUCUAUGCAUUAUUCUUUUCAAACGUUCUCUGUUUCUCUCUUGUCAUUGUCAUCCCCCUACGAGGACAGUCAUAUGCAAAUAAGUUGUGGAAACCCUGCCGCUUACCAACACUAAAGAUAACCACGAUAGCUUUUAAAUAGCAAGAUUCGAUCACUUUCAUUUUUAAUACAAAAUACCGACAGCGUCGCCAGAUUGGGGACUGGGAGAGACCCCCUGCACGGGAUAUCCAGGCUCGUGUAAUUUUUUCAACAACUGAUAUUUUGCAAAUAAAUAUUUUUUAUUUAUUUGAAAUUAUCCUGUACAGCGUUUGCAAGUAUUUUGACAGAAUUUCAAGUUAUAGUCCUCAUUACGUCUCCUCAGUUCCCUGAUCCGACAAUACACUGGAUGCACAACUAUACUUAUCAAAAACAAAGUCAGAAUUAGUGAACUUCCGGAUCCCCAAUGAAAAAGAAUUAAUACAUCACUGAAACUCCAGGAAUGUUACACUAUGCAACUUUCCUUGCAACUUGCAAUUCGAUUCUACUCCUGAGAUAUCUAAAGUUGUCAAAUACGAACAUUUCUUACAAUCUGCUAACGUUUUCU